AUGGCGCCCGUUUCGGGCGGCGCGGGGCGUGGACCCCAGGGGCAACCUGAGUUCGAUUUCCAGGCCUUGCGUUUGAAACAGGAGGUGGAGGCGGAGUCCAGGCGAGACGAGGAGGCGCGGAGGGCCCGCGUUGUUCUCGCCGAUCGCGACGCCGUCGCCGGAGGCGACACGACAGUUCUCUUCGCCCUCGACUCGCGCUGGGUGGGUGCUGUCUCGGCGGCCCUUCCCGACUGGCUCAGGCUCCAAGUGAAUAGGCAGGCCAUGCACGAGAUGUUGCUUGCGAAGGCCAAGGCGUACAAGUGGUACUCCACGCCCCCACACAAGUACUGGGACGAUGCGUUCAACCGCAUGGCGUCCGUGUGGCAACGGCCUCUGACGGAGCAGGUCGGGCUGAGCCUGACGGACUGGCUUCGCUCGGAGGCGCAGACCGUGGCCGCCGCUCUGCUGGAGCAGCCAGCGCCCACCAGCACGGAUGCCCUGAAUUGGCUCCCGAGCAUCUUUCAUGCUGUCCGGUGCUGGCCGCAGGCGAUGCCCUUCGACGUCGAGGGCGGCGCGGCAGCCGCCGAGGCCGAGGCCAAGUCCGACGCGCCCCCGCCAGAUGCAGCCCCCGCCGGCGCCUUGCACCCGACGUCGACGCCCAUGGAGGAGGGGGGCCACGGCGAGGCGGCGGCCUCCGAGGCCAGUGCGCCGCUGAUGGUGGAGACGCCGCGGGUGACCUCUGGCGCGCGGGCGGCCUCGCCUGGCCAAGGGGAAGAAGCCCCCAGGGGGGGGCAGCACGUGUCCUUCAAGGAGGGAGACAAGGUGCAAUAUUGGAGCGACUCCAAUGGGAAAUGGAUCGACACCAUUGUGGAUGCGGUGCGCGAGAAGGACGGCGCUGUGUCUUACGACCUCGCCUGCAAGAAGGGUUCGUCGGCGGAUAAGGUGCGACCGUCCGAAUAUGACUACGAGGUCGGCGACGCCGUGGAGUACUGGAGCACCUCGGCCGUGCGAUGGCUCAGAGCCAAGGUGCUCAAGACGGAGGGGUGCCCCCCGGGCCACGUCGAUCUGGACAUCAAGCCCUCCGCGCCGUUGGCCAAUGCUGAGGGGCUGGCGGUGGCCGCCAGCCCCCAGGCAUACCUGGGCGGUGCUGAGGAGCCGGAGGGCCUGGCCGGUGCUGAGGAGCUGGCGGUGGCCGCCAGCUCCCCGGCAUGCCCGGGCAGUCCCGGGGCCGCCGCGGCGCCCGUGCCGGCAGCCCUCCGCGCGACUCUGCUCACAGAAGACAGGGCGCUCACCGUCCUCGGCCCCGCGGUGGCAGAGCUCAUGCUCGGAGGCGGCAAACCAUGCGAAAACAGGGAUCGCAAGAUAUUUCGGCCGGGGUGGCACUGGCUGCACAUCGGGAAGAACAACGAGAGCCCCGACGCGAAGGCGAUCUUGCAGCGCACGGCGCCCCACGUUGCAGCUAACCCAAGCUUGCCCCGACGCGCCCUGGUCGGGGUGGUGCUUCUCGGGGCACCGCGGCCGCCUGGCGAACAACCUGGCCCAUGGGACAUUGGGCCUAUCUGCUACCCCAUCCUCGCGGCCGUUGCUCUGGACGCCCCCAUUUCGCCAGUCAAGGGCGGCCAGGCCCUGUGGCGCUUGGAAGAGGGUACCAUGCAGGCCGUGGCGGACGCGCUCCCCGGGGCUGAGUGCCGGGAGCUCCCCGGGGCGGCGAGCGCAUUGCAGCCGCCGCCUGAGGGGCGCGCGGCUUCCCCGCCGAGGCCGCCCGCCGCCCGCCUCUGGGACGGAUUCCAGGACCUCGGCUCCGUCGAGGCCACCGUCCACGCCGCCCUCGCCGAGAUCCUCCAAGACACCCGGAGCCACCGCGAAGUGGGCUCGGACGCAACGUUCGGCGUGCGCCUGCUGGCGCCCGCGCCCUUCGCUGCCGCCGCCCGCGCGCUCUGCGCGAGGGGGGGCUGGCCAGCGGAGGCCGUGCUCUUGGAUCUCAUGGCGUUCACAAACUUCCUGGAGACGCCGGGGGCGACCCUCCGAGACCAUAAGAAGGAGAUUCACGCCCGCGCGCCCACUUUGCCAUGCCUGCAGGGGAACGAAGUGUCGAAGCGCAAGAGUUCCAAGAAUAAGUUUUUCUUCGAGACCCUGUUUGGCAUGGGCCCGGAUGAGUGGAAGCAGCAGGCGUUUGUGUGCAACGACGGUGCCCCGAAAGGCAUGAGGCUGGCGAUCAAAAACCACAGCCGGCUGGCCAUCGUCUCCGAACAGUCUAACAGAACCUACGAGACGCCCUGGAGCGAGAAGGCCAUGGGCAUACAUCCUGUCAGCCGGGCCAUGGCCUGCACGCCGUGCAACUGCGAGACGGAUAACUCCAUCUCGGGGAUGGGCGCCCACCACAGCAUGUGCUAUAACUUUCUCCACGCCGUCUCGGGCCAGUGCGAGUCUGUGGAAUGGAUUGCGCGGCCCAGUCCCGGCGGCUUCACGAAGAGGCUCGCUCUCACGUCGAGCCCGCAGACGCUGCUCAAUCCCGACCAGCAGGCGGACGACUCCCACCAGUUCUUCAAGGAUUACGCGGCCUGGGGGUUCGAGCACAUCAUGGCGCACGGGGAGCCGCGGGACCGAGUGCUCUCCAGCCGCGCGCGCCCUGUCUUCCGAGAGAUCCUGCGGGCGAUCGCGUCUUUCGUGGCGCCGGAGGGGCCUGCGCAGAGGGCGCUCAGCGAGAGGCCGGACAGCGGCGAGCGCGCAGAUGCCAUUGCCGCUGCUUGGGGGUUCUUCAAGGAGAAGGUCGACUACGCAGACACAGACCUCGCCCGCGUCUCCAAAGCCAACGCGCGCUUCGACGAGUUCUUCCGGUCGCGGAAUGGCAAUAUUCCGCCCGAGGACGGCCUGGGGCACCACGCGCUCAUGCGCGCGUACCAUUACCUCCUCCGCCAGCUCCGCGUUCAUUGGACGUACUACGUUUGGUGGUUCAAGAUCUUGCAGCUGAACCAGUACAGCUUGAAGAGCGUCGCGGCCUACCUGUCGCCGGCCGGCUGCGCCCCGGUGCCCCCCUCGAGGAAGAGGGCGAAGGGGCCGGAGGGGGGGGCUCGGCCGCGGCUGAGCCAGAGCGACGUGAUCCGCCGGGCCCUUCUCCAAGAUGCCCGUCUGAAGGGGUCGGCCGGCAAGCAGGUCUCGGCCAGUGCCGCGCGCCGGAUCAUCAAGGACAUCGGCGGCGUCAGGACGUCAGCAGGCUCGUCGGCUGGCCCGUCAACCGGCCCGCAGGGUCUCGCAGCCGCCGUGCAUGCCGCGAUCGCGGACUACAAGAACUUGGGCCUUCUUCGCGUGUCCGACACCCCUGGGAAGCGGGCCGCCGGCGGCACGGAGGCGGAACCGCCCCGGGAGAGGGCCGCGGACUACACGUUCUACAGGGCGCCGGCAGAGGGCCUCGGCGCCAACGCGCUCCAAGAGGCCGACGACCUCGAGGAGUUCUUCCGCGACCGGCCCGGACUCUCCGUGGGCGAUUGGGACGGCGUGCGCCAGGGCCAGCGGGGCCGGCGCCGACGCCGCACCCGCGGCGCGAGGAGGCGAGACGGAGACUGGGACUGCCCGAACUGCGGGGAGAUGGUGUUCAAUACCAAGGACCUCUGCUUCAAUUGCGGGCAGGCACGACCCGGGGACUCACCCGACGCGGGCGGGGGCGGGGACAAAGGAGAAGCCGCCCGCCAGCCCAAGGGGCCACCGGGCCAGCCCCAGCGGCGGGAUGACGCGGGGCGAGCGUCGCUGCCGAUGCCAGGAGAGCGCCGGAGGGCUCGCCGCGAGGUGGGCGACAAGGUACACUACUGGAGCGAGACUUAUGGGAAAUGGAUCGUCGCUGAGGUGGUGGCGCUGCCGGCCGCGGGAGUCCUGCAACUGAACAUCAAGCGGCGGGUCCCCGAGGCGCAGGUUCAGGACGUCGACGUGGCGAGGCCCCGGGCGGAGUUCGACGGGGUGGCCGACGCCGAGGGGCGCGUGGCGCGCGUCCCCGUGGCCGAUGCUGCGGCAUCCCAGGGCAGCCUGGGAGCUCAGGAGAACCUGCCUGGCGACCGUGGCGAGGCGCCCGGGCUGAAGCUGGGCUACGACACGGUCCCGCGCUUCCUCGAGAUGUACGGCAGCGGGCUGCCCUCCAAGCUCAGCGCCGAGGGCACAGACGCUACCACCUCGCUGGUCACGCUGCUGUACACGGAGGUGGGUUCGUUGAACGAGGUUAUCGAGCUGUGGCGCCACGGCCGCGGUACCACCGCGAUGGAGAAGUCGAGGCAGGCCGCACGCGGCGCGGCGGAGUGGCGCCGGGCGGUGGCGGAGAUUGCAGGCCGCCGCGGGCUGGAGUGCAGGGCGGAGAAAAGACAAAAGACAGGCCUCGCGGCGUCCUUCACCACGACGAUCCACAAGCCGCUGGGGUGCUCGCCCUGGCAGUGA